AUGAGUGAGAAUAAAAAGAUUCGGUCGAAAAGGGGCGAAGAAGGCCCUCAGAACGCAAACAAGCCAGCAGUGAGCGGAGAGUCCAUACAGGCGGAUUCAGCUCCGCCUCGCAGAAACACAAGAGGUAAAAGAGGACCCAAGGGAAAACAAGGUUCUUCAAAUGCGUCGAAAAACUCCCACGAAAAUGAAGAGUCCCAAGUGUUAAAACUCGAGUCAGACCCUAAAAGCCAGGUUUCUGCUUUGAAAGAGCUUUUCCCUGAAUGGACUAUGGAUGAUCUUGUUUUCGCGCUGGAAGAAGCGGGUCAUGAUUUGGAGUUGACAAUUGCUCACAUCACCGAAGGUCAUGCCUCUCAAUGGGGACAAGUAAAGAAAAAGCAGCCUACAAAACAGAUAAAGUUAAAGUCGAAAUCGGGUGACUCUGAUGCGACAGCUCCUAAAACUGUUCCUAGGAAAUCCAAGAAGGCUCCUGCUGCUAGACAAGACCAACCUCAGCAGCCUUCUCGUAAAGAAAAAGCUGCUUUUCAGGCGAAGACAUUGACUGCAGCUGAGUCCCCAAAAGCUCAAUCCGUUCCCGGUACUGAUGAUGCAACAUCCUCUACUCCUCACUCUAAACCCGAUCACAUACCCCAACAACAUAUAGACCCAAGUAAUGCCAAUACCACUCAUGCCACUCAAACUGAACAUCCUUUAACUUCAACCUUAGCAACUAAGACUACUCCUCCCCAGUCUGACAAGCCUGCCAUCGUUGCUGAUUCUUCCCAGUCAUCCAAAGCACCAUGGGCUGCUAUUGCAAAAGUGAAAAGAAAGCAAGCUGUACCAAAAGUUGCUCCUAAACUUACACAACCAUCUCAGCCCCAUCAACCCACUCAGUUGCCUUCCGCAGCCUCCGACGCUGCGGUUGAAGAACCUUUGAACCCACCUGUUCCUUUAGCAUCUAAACCUACUGAACCCGAGGUUGCCCCUUUGCAAAACAAUCAGAAAGUAGAACAACGGGAACAGGAAUUUCCUCCCAUAUCGAUUGCUGGUUCUGGUUCUGCCGUUAACAAACCUGUUGUUGAUUCCAUUCCUGCCCCUGCUACGGAUACUACUACUUCUUCCCAAUCCAAACCUGUGGACACCAAGGCACCUUUGGGUGGAUUUCAUGGUUCCACCAGUGGAAUAACGACCGCUCGUUUGCUUUCCGACAAAUUUCCAGUCGUUAUGCCCGUCGCCAAUACUGGAGCGAUCCCAGAAAAAGUUCAAGUCCGAUUUGGUAGCUUGACCCUUGGUGGUGAUGAAUCAUUAUCAAACAAGCCUGUAGCUCCUCCAGCAGGAUUUGCUUCCAAACAAGUGAAAGAACAUUCAAUGGAAGCUUAUGCAUCUCCUAAUCCUCAACCUCCCCAAUUUGCCGAUAGCAAGCCUACUCUUGCUAGUAAUACAGAGGCUUUACCUGCAAAGCGACAACCACAACCUGCUGCACCUGCUGCUGCUCCUGUCGCCGACAACUCUUAUUACUUUGAUGUGAAAAGCAAUCCUUCUGCAAAUACUACAGUUAAUGCCGGAGCCCCUCAAGUUAGUUUACCCACUGGCAAUACUCCUACAGUAAGUAAGCAAGGCAAUGGUGGAUUUAUGGCUAUGUACUCUCCAGUUAUGCAUGACAUUGCUCCUCAACAAUAUGGAGUCGGCAGUUCCUUACCCAUGUCCGCUGCUAGUGCAUACAGCAAUGAUCCUGCAAUGGCGGGAGUUCACGACAAAUCGAAUUUGCCUUACACUUCUAGAUUUGGGAAGCCAUUGGAGAACAAGGUCGAGACGAAUAUGAGCCCCUUUGGCAAUUACCAGCAUGCAGAGUAUGGAGCAGCUCCUGGAUUUGGACCUACAGCAGCUCAUCAGCAUCAGCAUCAACAAAAUGCUCAUGCUGCUUAUAGUGGAAUGUCGCCCUUGAACUAUGGCCAAAGUGUUCCCAACUACUUCAAUGAGCGUUCGCAAUAUUCUCAGUAUGAUCCAGCGGUGAAUGGAACACCAGAAAUGCAUGGAAUGACGCAAAACAAAGUUGGAUCGACGGCAGCAGCGAUUCCUUCGUUGCCCAACACGACAGCGACACCAAGCCCAGUGGUAUCACAGCAGCCUCAGCCGUAUGCGUUUCCUCCUAUGUAUCCCGUUCCCUAUAUGUCGUACGGCUACGGAUCGCUUCCUUACGGCAACAACAAGUAUGGACAGCCUCAACAAGGUUACGUGAUGCAGAAUGGUUUGAAUGAUUUCCCUCCUAUUCUUGGAGGACACAGCAGUAUCUACAAUCGCCAGCAAAGUGGCAGCGUUGGAAGUAUUGGCGGUGCGGCGGCUCAAGCGGGCAACACAGCUACGAAUGCACCGGUGGACAAGAGUCGUGACAUGACGGGCAACAAUGCGAUGGGUAGUUCUCUUGGUGGAUUGUCGUCGAUGUCUGGAGCAGCUCGUAGUGCAGCACCUGGGAUGUUUGUAAAUGAAGGAGAAUGGGGAGCGCCAUCUCCGUAUGGAUUUGUUCCUCAAGCAGGCUUGAAUGCCUCCCCUGGUGGACAUCAAGGAACAUACCCUUCGAAUGCAAACAAGGGUGGAAAUGUAGGCAACCAAGGCUCUGGAUUUCCGUUCAACCCUGCGGCGACAACGACGAGUGGAACCGGAGGCAGUGGAAAUGGAAUAGGAAGCUAUGGAGCUUAUAACCAAACAUUUAUGAACCGACCUGGAAAUUGGUAUGGCAACGCAUAA